UUUCCUAGGAGAUGAAAAUCACUUCAGUGAAGGGCACCCAGGGAAGCCCAGUUUAGAUUUCUCUCUGGUCCCUGACUUAAGGGGAGCCAUCUGUCUCAAAGACCAUGCCUCAGACCAACAUGCUGGUCACCCAGGAGCCUGUUCCACAGUCAGUGAAGAGCUCUGACCUUGUCCCCAAGGUCCCUGAAGUGGAACACAAUACAGAGCACUAUGGCUCCUCAGAGCUGGCCAUGGCUGGCUUCCGGUCAGCCAAGUACCUUACAGAGGAGUGGUAUCAAAAUAAUAAUAUUCGCUGUCACCAGGCCUUUACUGACUGUGACCAGUCAGAGUGCAACCGGCAGGAGUCCAAACAUCUGGCAGCUGAGACAAAGGCCCUCAGUCAGCGCACACAGCAGGACACUAAUAAGAAAGUAGGGGAGAGACUACAAGAUGUACAUUUUUGGAAGUCAGAGCUACAGAGGGAGAUUGAGGACCUGAUGGCUGAGACUGACUUGCUGAUUGCUCAGAAAUUGAGGUUGCAAAGGGCACUGGAUGCCACUGAAGUACCUUUCAGUAUUUCCAUGGACAACCUACAAUGCCGGGAGAGAAGGCAACCUCCAGACCGGGUCAAGGAUGUGGUGGAAAUGGAGCUGUUGAAGGAAGCCGAACUCAUCCGAAAUGUUCAAGAACUUCUAAAAAGGACUCUGAUGCAAAUCGUUAACCAGAUAAGGCUGAACAGAGACCACAAGGAAUUCUGUGAAAUGGACUGGUCAGAUAAGGUUGAUACCUACAACAUAGAUGUGCUGUGUUCCGGUUACAACAACGAAAGCACCACUGUCCAGUUCCACCCUCAUUCAUCCAAAUUAGAUGACAGUGCCUCCACCCCAGAAAUGUGGGGCAAGUACUGCCAGGAAAAUGUAUGUCGGGCACAACGGGAGAAGACGGCAUCUGUCAACCUGAGGUUGCUGAUCGACAAUAUCCUGAAUGACAGUUCCAAGGACCUCUGCGUACAGUGUGAUGCUGUCAACUUGGCCUUCUCCAGGGGCUGUCAGGAGAUUGAGAAUGCCAAAAACAAUCUGGAGCAUCACCUGAGAAAAAUACUCAGAGAAAUUACUGACCAGGAAAACAACAUUUCAUCCCUCAAACAAGCUAUCAAAGACAAAGAAGCCCCCCUGAGAGUAGCUGAGACGAGGCUUUAUCAGCGAUCUCAAAGGCCCAAUGUGGACCUCUGUAGGGACAAUGCACAAAUCAGACUGGCCAGUGAAGUGGAAGAAUUAACCAUGUCCAUCAAGGCUCUAAAAGAGAAGCUGAUGGAGUCAGAGCAUGCCCUGAAGAACUUGGAGGGUACUCAGAUGAUUCUGGAGAAGGAAAUUUCCAUCAAAAAUAAUAGUCUGUUCAUUGACCGUCAAAAGUGCAUGACGCAUCGCUCCCGCUACCCCACCAUUCUCAGGCUGACUGGCUACCAAUAAGGACUCAAAUCCCUCUAUUCAAGACUACCCCAUUCCAAAAGAAAACUCAGAGUUGCAUUUAUUAUUUAAAAAGAAUAGCACAACUUCUAUAAUAGAAAAUGCCAGUUAUGCGAAAUAAAAUGUGUUUACCUUUA